GAGUUGGGAUCACAUGGGACAAGCCGAGCCGGCUGCUACCACUAAGCCGGGCAGGAUCUGCGCUCCGGGCGAUGGCACCCAGCCUUAAAGGGAAGAGGAAAAAGAAGUUUGUCCCCAUGGCUGCGUGUGAAUCAAAGGCUCCAGAGAAAGAGGUGACAGCAGGUCCUGGAGUAGAAGAGAGUCGGAGUGCUCCAGAGAAACUGGAUCAAGAGGAAGCCCCGGCAAUGAAGCCAGGUGAUAUUUCCAAGGUUGAGCGGAAGAGUCUCGCAGAGGAUUCCGAAGAUGAUCAAGUGUUGAACGACGAGAGAGAAGAGGAACAAACCUUCUUGGUCAACCUGUACAAAUUCAUGAAGGAACGUCACACGCCGAUCGAGAGGGUGCCUCAUCUUGGCUUCAAACAGAUUAACUUGUUCAAGAUCUACAAAGUUGUGGAAAAACUUGGAGCCUAUGAAUUGGUCACUGGAAGACGCCUUUGGAAGAAUGUGUAUGACAUGUUGGGGGGCAGCCCUGGGAGCACCAGCGCUGCCACUUGCACUCGGAGACACUAUGAGAGGCUGGUCCUCCCAUAUGUGCGGCAUCUGAAAGGGGAAGAUGACAAACCUUUGCCCCCCGUGAAGCCCCGGAAACAGUAUAAGGUUUCAAAGGAGCCAAAGGGGGACAAAGGGAAUGGCACUGUGGAGAAAAAGCGAUCCAAAAAGGAGAAAAGUAGGGACCAGGUUCUGCCAGAGAAGCUGAAGGCGGAUGUUGUUUCUGCCCCCAGAUCUACCAAUGGAGUUGAGCAGAAGCAGCCUGCAGAACAACCUGAGGGGUUUCUCCCCCUGCCCAAUGGUAGGGAGCCCUCUGAGGUCCAACCCCCUGAGAGCUGCCAUGGCAACUGCAGGGUCAGCUGCUGCUCUGAGGCCUACAAGCGGGUCUUCUCCAGCUUCUACUUCAAAGGGAACCAUGGCAUCAUGUCACCCUUGGCCAAGAAGAAACUGUUGGCACAAGUAAGCAAAGCCGAAUCCUUGUACUGUCAUGAGAAGCACCUCAGCCACUGCCCAGAGUAUAAGAAGUCCAGAAGCAGAGAGGUCCUUGGCUCAGACCCAGAGGCCAGCCCUAAGAAUCUGUCAAUCAGCCACCAUCACAAAGAAGUGCAGAACCCUGUGCUGGAAGUGGAUGGUUCUAGUGGCCCUGCUGAUUCUCCUCACAUCUCAAAAGCAAGUGAAGGUGCAUUGAAGGCAUCUCCAAGCCUUAAGGACAGCCAGGUUCCUCAGAAAGCAGAAGAUUCUGGGCUCCAUCCCUCGCCUGGUCCUCCUGUCUUUACUGGGUAUUUCCACACAUAUCGAAGUGAUGUCUUGAAACCUGUAAGUUGUCAUCCACUCCGAGGACCAGUAGAAUACUACCCUAGCUUCAAGGAUUUCCCAGAGUCUUCCUCUGCCUAUCAGCAGCCUGGGAAAGAUUUGCCAUCGGGCAAUGUGUCUCAGAAAGGACAGGAGGACACAGAGGACCAGCCAGAAGAUCUCCGCAGGAAACCAAGUCAGCCGCCUCCUUCCUGGAGAGGCGACAGCCAGCAACACUUGGGCUUUCAGAUGAGCAGCCCCAAUAGUAAGAGAGGCUCCUCUCCCUUUCCGAAUGUCAAGGCCUCUUGGGUUCCUCCUGUAGUCAACCUGGUUAAGGUCAGUCCUCAGGCGCCUAAGAAUGGAGGUCAGCCUGUUUCUCCAAACCAAACAGGCAGCUCUGCUCAGAGGAACAAAAGGAGUUUGGAAGAGGAAAGCUUUCUUCAUGGGAAGAAGCUGAAGGUCGUCUCCCCUUUUGUCAAGGAAGUGGAAUCCAACAGUGGUCUGGAGCGCGGCACUUCCCCUGGCAGCCAGCAGGGGGUCUCUAAGCCCAAGGGGGGCAUGUCAAGUCCGGGUUUCCCAGCGGCCCCUUCACCUCAGCUUCAGGACAUGUAUAAAGGGACAAUGUUGAGGCUACCUGUGAACUUUAGCAGCACAGGGGAUCAUUUAAAGGGGCAGUUGCCCUCGCUGAUCCCCUCCUUGUCAGUCAGCCCAUUCAUAAUCCCUGCUUUUCCAACUCCAUUAUUAACUGCUUCUGUCCAGCCCUCAGACCUCUGCCAGCCGCUGGGGACGAGCCUCGUCCACUAUCCCACAUCUUACGAUGGCACGCUACGCCACAGGCUGUAUCCAGUUUCAACAUGGCACAGUCAGCCAGCAUAUGCUUCUCCCCACAUACCCUCCUACCACCGGAACACCAAGCUGUAGCCACCUGGCAGGCACCUCAGGAGAGCCUGUUUCUCACACAAUCUUGGUCAAGGCACACAGUAACUUUUGAACUGCAGCUGUGCUGCAUUUCAGCUUUCUGACUGUCCCAUUCUAUUUGGAAAAGUGGCGAGAUGCCACUGUCAGGACCGUGUAAUAUUUUUUUAAACUCUGAGACUUUGACUCAUAUUUGUAUCUGGUAUGGUAUGCAAAUGACUUAAAACUAUAUUGUGCUAAAAAAAAAAUAACCCACUAGGGAACAAAGCUCAUAUAAAUGGAGAUUUUUAUCUGUGGUAACACUGGACCCAAUUCCGUUUUGAUUUUUUUAUACCUUAGAGGGACAGCAAAUGCUCCUGGCAUUGGAAAAUUGACUAGUCCCCAAGGUGCCCGCUCAGUGUUGCAGGAGCAGAGCGUGGCCUCAUAUGUUAGGGUGUGGCUCAGUGAUGGGGCAUCUGUUUUGCAUGCAGAAGGUCUCAGGCUCAGUCCCUGAUAUCUCCAGUUAAAAGGAGUAGGUAAUAGGUGAUGAGAAAGACCUCCACCUGAGUCCUUGGGGAGCCUCUGACAGAGGGAGUAGACAGUACUGGCACUGAUAGAUCAGUGGCCUGACUCAGUAUAAGGCAGGUUCAUAUGUACAAAAAGAUGAGAAGGCCUGUGAGAAGGCCUUAACCCUAGGUGAGUGGGAGUUAGCGUGCUGAUCCAGGAGGAGCACUCUGAAAUCCUGCAAUUAGAUUGAAGAUGCAUAUAGAAAAUAGUCCAUGAAGAUAAGAGAACAAGACCUGAUACAGUGAUAUCUGCUUAGGGUGGAUUCAGUGGUGCAUCACACA